ACGAACCUCCUACGCUGGUUCAAAAUAAAUCUCGAACUAUAGGGAACUUGUGUGCAAAACCUCAAACGCCGGACUCUUUUAAUACGUCUGUGAACGGUUGCACUCUUCUUUAAAUUAACCGUCCCGUUGUAAGUGGUGGAACACGAGUGAGCACAGGAAUGUUUGUGAUCACCUUGGAGACGAUCGACGCCUCAUCAAAUUGAUGCUAAAGUAGCCAGCUAGCUGCUAUCGUAAUGGUAAACAAACCAGAAUGGCCACCAAGCCAAAAGGGAAACCACCUAAAAGCUCAUGCGGUGAUGGAGAUAUCCUUGACAGCACGUUUGAUGAUAACAAGUUACCAGUAAGAAGGAAAUCAGGACGUGGUGGAUUACGACAUGGCACAUCUGACAUUGAAAACAUCUUCAGUAUGCUAGAUGACAUAACGAUGGAUGAAGGCAACACAGAGGGUCCAGAUGAUAUGAAUGUUGCAUCAAAGAAAAAAAGUAAUUCACUUUCUGGAGAAACAAAACCAUCAGAUAAUGAAGGGUUCUUGCCAGAACCAGAUAUAGCGAGUGAUAUAAAACCAAGGGAAGCAGAAGUUUUCCUGAAAGCAAUGAGAGCUUUGUCUUCCCUACUUCACCAAGAUGAAGCUGCCAUUGAGGGGAAGACAAUCUCAUCUUCAGCACGUAACAGAAAGUUCAGCUUCUCUGACCUUGAUGACCAGGAUGACAUCGAUGACCUAGUUGACCUGCUUGAUGGCUUACCACAAAAUAAAAACAAGACACCAUUGAAAUCUAAUUCACAGCCGGCCAAACCUGAAAAAGGGGUACCUUCAAAUUUGCCAUCUCUCAUCCACAAAAGGGAAACAACUAGUCCAGCAAAAAAAAUAAAUGAACUUGCAUUUGACGAUGAGAAAGAUGAUUUGAUUGAUGAACUUGGCUUGGACUGUGAAAAUCCCAGGAAAAAAGACAAUGUGCUUUGGUCCAACAGGGAAAGUGAGCAACCACAGAGAGCUCGUACAAGACUCGAUGAGAUUCUAGAGAACUGUAAUUCCCGCCGUCUGGAGUGGCCACCCUCAGGUACUAAGAAUGACCAGCCUCCGUCUCGGGAGAAGAACUACAAUAUGAAAGAGGCCCUUUUAGAAGAUGACCUCACAUAUGGGUCCUAUCAGCCCACAAUGGGAGACACCACUUCAGGGCACCAGUCCCGCAGGCAGUCAAUCAGAUUCCCCGCAGAGGAUGUCAGUGCUUCCACCGCAGAGAAAAAGCCACCCAUCGUCCCGAACGCCGCUCGAUCCCGCAACCCAGCUGACUGGCUCUGUCUCAGGGCAAACGAUGAGCAGAGCAACCUCGAAGAUGACGCCAAAGAGAGGAAGACUUCCACAGAGUCUCCAAAAUUUCCUUCCUCUCCUUUAUUGGAGAGAAAACCCUCUCUGGCUAGUGACCAGAAUACAUCAGCUGCUAAAAUGGAAGUGAAUGCCUCAGCUUUGACUGACACCAAAGCAGUAAAGCCAGAGGCUAGCAAAAGACAAAAGAAAGAGGAGGAAGAUGAUGAUUGGUUGGCAGGAGCUCUUAGUAGAAAGAAGUCUUUCUCAGGAUCUAACUCUGAUGUUAAAAUAUUCAAUCAGGAGCAAUCUUUAGGCCUGGGAGGAGAAGUGGAUCUGGAGUCACUUGUUAGUAAGGAAGCUCCUUCACAAGCCCACAAAGGCAAAACUAACUUCUCUGGUAAACAGUCGUCAUCCUCCAAGGAUGCUGGCGCUUCACUUGGACAACAUAGCAUUGCUGCACAGAAUGCACCUGAAAGAGAAGAGAGAGCAAACCAAGCACUUCCACAGCCAAACCUAAUGCUAAACUCAGCAGCUGCUGUCCAACAACAGGUGGCAUUUUCAGCUGACAGCCUGCAGCAGUUCCUACUACAACAGCAGUCACAGUUAUUGGGGCUGCGGGGUGUUUUGGAUGUUGGGGCCCUGCAAAAACUCAAUGAGCAGCACCAUGGAGAUGGAGAGGAUUUACAUGCACGCAUCAUUCAGCUGGAGGGACAGACUAAGACUAUCCAGCUGGAGCGAGACCACAGCCAGAUGUUGCUGGAGAGUCUCCAGCAGCGACAUAGACAGGACAUGGAACUCAUGGAAAAUGCACACAAGACUCGCGUGAAGCUUCUCGAGGAAUCAGCACUCCAGAGGGAGACACGGAUGCGACAGGAGAGCGAAGACCUAAUUGAACGCUUGUCUGCGCUAACACAAGCUGCUGAGAAGGAGCGCUCAGACCUGCAGGCUCACUACCAGCGUAAACUGGCCCAGUUCCAGCAAGACCAAGACCGUGAUGUGGAGAGACUCCGGGAUUUGCAAAGGAAAUCCAUCAUGGAGAUGAAAAAAGACCAUGAAAACCAUGUCAAUAGACUGAAAAGGCUAAAAGAAGAAGAGAUUGAUGCAGUAACAAGUGCAACAUCUGAGACCAGGUCUCUGACGCUAGUGAUUGAGCAGAUGGAGCAGUUUUCCUCUCGGCUUGGAGAUCUCUCCUCUCUGGUUGAGAGCAGGCAUGAACACACAACCCAUGGCUUGGAGCAGGGAGCACGCCACAGAGAUGAACAGCUUCGAAUCAUGCAGGAUCGUUUGACUCAGCAGCAGAAAGUGAUGGCGGAGGAGAAGGCUUACCUUAAGGAAAUCAAUUCUAGGAUGGACACUCAGAUCAGUGAACAGCAGAGACAAAUUGAAAAGGAGCGCUGGAAGGUUACAGCAGAGCAAGGCAAGGUGGAGUCUUCCCUGAAAAGCCUGGAAGAAGAACGCCGGUCCCUUACUAUGCAGAUGAACAUGGAGAGAGAGGAGCUGGAAAGAGCCAAGAGUGCGUUACUGGAGGAGCAGAAGGCAGUGAUGCAGCAGUGUGGAGAGGAGCGAAGAAAGCUAGCGGCGGAGUGGAACAUCUUCCAUGUCCAGGAAAAACAGCGUAGAGAGAGGGCCGAACAGGAUGUCAGCACCCUACUGGAGAGGAGAGAGGGCUCCAUAAUGAGUUUGGCACAGGAGCAAGCAGAUUUGAAGCUUCGCAGCGGAGAGUUGAAACAGAAAGAGAUGGCUGUGGCACAGGAAAGAGAGACUCUGGAACAAUUUAAAGGAGAACUAGAUCGAGAAAAGGAGAGAAUAAGCAGCACUGCUCUGAGGCUCAAAAUUCGAGCACAGGAAGUUGAUGCCUUCAGCAAGCUGGCAGCUGAAAAGUAUGAGGAAGGAGAGCAAGCAUUGCAGGAAGCCAAACGUUUGGAGGCUGAACACCAGGCAAGGCUGAGAACUAUUCAUUCUCAAAUUGAAAGACUGAGACAUCUUGAACAACGUGCUCUUCAGGAGCGAACCAGGUUUAAUCUCCAUGAGGCAAUGGAGAAGGCUCGACCUGAACCGCCAAGUGGUUCUUUGACACAAACCAAUCCCAUUCUACCAGACUCGGGUUCAGCGAUGUGCGAGCCAAAGCUGACACAAACCCCUAUCACCUCCCAGAUAAUACCCAAUUCUCAUUCUGUGGCACUUCAGGCCAGUCUGGCUAUAUGGAAGUACAAUGCACGAAAGGACCAUGACUACCUGCAAGAGCAGCAGAUCUUCCUUGAAAACUUGAAGAAAAAGUCUAACAGACAGAAAUCACAGUGGAGUCAAGCAUCAUGAUUCAGGAGCUUAGUUUUGUACAACAAACUUGUUUAUUGGAGAAGGGGGGGGGGGGGGGGGAGUUGUUUUCCUUGGAUUAAGUUUCUUCAUCCUAACUCAGAAGUUCUACCUAAAAGGGUACAAAAUAAGAAAACGUUACAAUCUUACACAGUAUAAAGUGACAAUUUAAUGGUAGUCAAGCCUCAGGUUACCAUGACUCAACAUAUAUGUUCAGACAGGGAUAACUUGUGUCAUCACUGACUUGAUUCUGCAUAAGUCUGUCCAACAGGAAGUACCUCUCAAUCGCCUUUCCCACAGACCGAUGUUCUCUUUUGAUGUCUAAUUUACUGCACCUAGUGGGAGAAAUAUCACAAUCAUCCUCUUGUGAUGAGCUUUGACACACAAAAAAUGUUUUGGUGCAUUUCUCAGACGAGCUCUUUCUCAUCGUCAGUUAUCGCAUCAGACGGCACUUCCUAUGCAGCAGUUAUCCUCACUGAAAAAGGUACAGACCACAACACUUGGAGACAGUGUGAUACACACCUUUACAACAUCCCUUCGUUCAGACACUCGGAACCAAGUGGCGCAGAACAGGCCUGGAAUGAGAACAAGUUCAUGAGGGCUGGAACAUUAGCAUCGUGUUUCUACGAGCCCCAUUCUACUGCUGGUCAGAUACCAUUGUUUUCCACACGUUGUCUUCAGACAGGGAUAACAAAACUCAUCACAUACAAAGAUUACAAAUUACAUUUUUAAGUGUGUAUCACAGCAACCAUGAGAACCUUACCGUCAUAAUUCACUUGCGUCGCACAUGGUCGAGGGCAUGCUCUCCAUCCACCACGUGCUGCGUUGAAGCUAAAAAGCUAACGCGCUAACAUCAUUAGAACGUCGCUAGAUUCUUCAUCCUACGUUACUCUAAAAUAAACAUCUCUGUUCAACGAGGACCGCCUAUGUUCACUGACUUAAUAUUUGAAAUGAGAUAUUAAAAGCUGCUGCACGUAAGCGUGGACGAUUGCCGCAGUCAUCUUCAACACCAGCAAGAGAACAGUCACGGACAGGAAGUCUCGCGCGACCUGGUUUUACGCGACGGUGACGUCACAGGAAAUGUAAAAAAUAUAUAUAUAACAUGAUGGGCGUGGCUAUAAUGUUAUGGAAAACUAUAGGGGAACUAUAUUAUUAAUUAUGUCCAAGCACUCCCCGGCCAACAUGAUCUAUGCGAGCAAAAUCAAAUGUAUCUAAAUAAAAAUGUUUUAUUGAUCAUGUCUGAGAAGUAGCUAUUUUACAAUGUGUUUAAUGUUGAGCAUGACUAAUGCUGAGGUUUUGUUUAUAAUAUUCAGCAGUACAAUAAUGCUAUAAUAACACCUUCCCCAACAGUCUUGGAUGAAAGAGGCAUGUCGUUUUAGAAAUAAUUAAUUUCUUAAAUUGGAUAAAUCAGUUCGUUUUUGUAUGUGACGCCUUUGAGUUGACAUACAAGUUUAAAGGGGAAAUGGGGGGUUACACCAUCCAUCUAUCCAUUUACAAGAAUUAUAAUUAUGCAUCAUUAUAUCGAGAUUUAAAUUUUAUUAAAACAAAAAGAAUGCAUUUACGCUUUCUCGGAAACAUCUUUUUAAGGAUUAAUCAUGUCAGACCGGCUGUUAUUUUUAAAUUUUUUAAAGAUCUGCAGUUCGUAAUUGUAUUAUUAAUAUAUUCAUAAUUGACCCGGAACAUACAAUGUACGUGCAAAUAAAAAAGUAUGCAGGGUUUAAAAAAACUACUAAUGUGCACUAUCGGCGCUUGUUGGCUGCACUCCCUCUUU